AAAUCGUUAAUAAUACUCAGAACGUAUCUUCUACAGAAGAUAUUUCAUCUGAAAAUUUUGAACAAAAUCCCCGAGAUGAUAGUUCUAAGCAGAUAGACUCACGAUUUGAUGAAAAUCUCACGUAUAAUAUAGUUGAUAACGCUUCAAAUUCUGAUGAACCUAAUAGCCGGAGGCUAGCUCACGCUAAUGCUUCGGCAUCUGGUAUAACCGAUAACACUUUAAAUCCUAACGAUACUCACGAGGAGUCUAACACAUCUAAUUUGGAUACAUACCAGGAAUCGGUAAGCCCCACGUCUCCUAUUCAUACAGAAUCCAAAUCAUUGGAAGAAAAGGAAGAAGAUGAAAUCAUGGAUUCAAUGUAUAAGGAACGGACCAGUAAAGAAAUAAUUCAGAAGAUUAAGGAAAAGAGACUUCGGGAUCAAGACUUAUCGAUAUGA